AAAUCUCCUUUCUACACGUGGACAAAUCUCGGCCCCACACUUCUCCGCCAUGCGUUACCUUUCAAUUUCUUUCUCCUCUCUACCUCUCCACCAUUAUCGGCAAUCAGCAAAGCUCAAUCUCAGACAAAUUGAUUUUCCCGGAAAAUUACUGAGAAAAAGCGAGAAAAGAGGUAGCUUUCACGUGAUUUUCUUGUUUGACAACGGAGGAAACGGCCUAAAGAGAGCAAGAAAGUUGCAGAAAGAUUUGCAUAUAAAUGGGUACCUGGAGGCGAUAUUGGAUACUGGGGCGACGACCAUACAGGAGCAUAAUCCGGCACAGGUGAAUGAAAGAGGAGGGCAUUUCAAUCCGACGAAGUAUUUUGUGGAGGAGGUGGUGACGGGGGUCGAUGAGUCUGAUCUGUACCCGACAUGGAUCAAGGUGGUCGCCACCCGCAACACUCGCGAGCGCAGCUCUAGGCUCGAGAACAUGUGCUGGCGCAUUUUGCAUCUCACCCGCAAAAUGAAGCAUGUCCUCCUCUCUCCCCUGGAGUCUGAAGAAAACAAAAGAUUGGCAAAGAGGAGACGGGAACGGGAACAAGGACUCAGGGAUGUCACAGAGCAGAUGUCUGAGGACUUAUCGGGAGGAGAGAAGGGAGAUAUUACAGGGGAAAUGGUGCAAUGUGAAACACCAAGGCAAAGGUUCCAGAGAAAUUUUUCCAUCUUGGAAGUAUGGUCAGAUGACAAAAAGGAGAAGAAACUUUAUAUUGUCCUCAUCAGUUUACAUGGGCUGGUGCGGGGUGAAAACAUGGAGCUUGGUAGAGAUUCUGACACAGGUGGACAGGUCAAAUAUGUGGUAGAGCUUGCCAGGGCACUUGCAAAGAUGCCAGGGGUGUAUAGAGUAGAUCUUUUUACUCGCCAGAUCUGCUCACCUGAAGUUGAUUGGAGCUAUGGUGAACCUACAGAAAUGCUAACUGCAGAGAUAGAGGUAACAUACGAUAGAGGCAGAGGGAUUUUGUCUGUGUCUUUGAUAGCAGCUGUGGCCAAGAAUUCUUACCUACAAUUCAGCUUGAGGAGGAAUUAAGGGCUCAAUUCUUUUCACCUCUUCUAAUCUUCACUGUAAGUUUUUUGAGGAACAUCUUCUCUGUAAGUUUAUUAGCUUUUAUGAUCAGCUUGAACCCUUUUCUUUUUUUUGUACACCAUCUGUUUCUAAAAUAAUUAGAGUUUUUUAAU